AAGUAUUCGAUACAGAGUCUGUCGCACAUGGUUUAUUGUGGGCAUCGUAGCGCAAAUGCAAGUUGCCGAAUUAAUGGAGUUUGAAGAUAACUCCGUUAUGUUAUAAACCCGAUAAGAAAUGUUGCAUGCUUUUGCGGUGCAACGAUUUUGCAGUGGUUCGCUUAACCAGAAGUGGGCAUAAUCAAAUAUAGAUGCCGGUUCGUGUAAUAACAUUGUUUUGUGUUUUCUGAAACGGGGGUGUAACAGUCUUGUGCAUUCCUAGAGUAUAUAUCUUUUUUUCUUUUGAAAUGAAACUGAACGUUGCAUAAUUUUUACCUUCUGCUCGUUCAGUGAACUUCAAACAAAUCACCGUUGUGAAAAAUUUUCAAGAGCAUAUACAUUGUACUUGAAAUUGUUUAUUUUUCUUUAACUGAAUCAACAAUCCAAUUAUAGCCGAAAGCACAUAAAAUCGAUCCCAAUUACGCGAUUUGUAUCUUUUUUAAGAAUUUGUGCCAUAUUUUAAUAUUAUGCAGUUUUAAACGACGCACGAACAGAUACCAAAGUAGCCUAAGUUAUUUAUAGGUUAGAAAAAUACAUGCGUGCUGUUGUCAGUUGCGACAACGGCGAAUCAUCGAGUAAUCUUUAAUGCAAACCCUAUGCAUUGGCUUCAAGCAACCAACAUACGCGAAGAGAUGCCGUUAAGUCAAAUAAAUCAAAGUAAUUUUGUUAGUACCAGUGAAAAUGUAAAUCCUGGCACUGAGAUAGCAUCAACUUGUUAUACACCUCCACCUUCGUAUCACAAUAUUAAUUUACCUCUGGGACACCCAUCGACUCUGACUAACGAUUGUGGUGCACCACCUACCUAUGAAGAAGCCAUAGAUCCAAAUGCUCCACCUCCGUCUUAUGAUUCAUUGUUUGGUCGUAUGAGGGAAGCUCAUAAAGUUUCAAAAGGAGUGUUUGAUUUUUUGAAAAAUAUUAUUGUUUUACUUCUAGGCACUAUUGGAUGUACUAUUAUCUUAGGAGUAACGAUAGUAGUUCCAAUAUGUAUGGUGGUCAUUGGAGGAAUUUACCUUUACGAUUGCCCACAAGGAGAGUAUAUUCCUGUUUAUUUAUUAGUGGGUGGUGGUUUUGGUGUUUUCAAGCAGUUGUUGCAUUUAUCUGCAAGAGUACGUCAACGUCAGGAAGAACGAGACGAGGAAAGAAUGCGACAAACUCCCACGCAAACAUUAAUUAAUUGUUUUAUGCUUGGCUGGUUUAUUAUAGGCUCAAUGUGGGUAUAUAAGGAAUAUGAGCCAAAUUACGAUCCAUCUCUUGGCAAAUACUGUAACAAAACAUUGUAUUUAUUCGCCUUUUGGCUAAUUACGGCGGUUUACAUAUUUUUGGGAGUGAUAACCGCUGGCUUUUGCAGCAUUUCAGUAGCAAGCAUCGCGUUUCAAAGACCACCGCCCGAUCUAAUGUAAAACACUAUGGUGUCAUUUUAAAGGAGAGAAACAGUCGUUCAGAAAUCUAUCAUUUUGGGAACAAAACGACAAAUUGAAAACAAACAUUUUUUGUGAAUAUACAAAAAUCACGUUAUAACAGGGCACAAAAUUUCGUCCACGCUUUACGUACCUGAGAUGCUUAAAACAACAAUCUACGAACGGAUCGUUUGCACGUUUAAAAUGCACAUAAAAUGCGUUCGAAUUCCAAAAUUUGAUGCUUGCAAUCGUCGCAACGUUCCCUGAUUUUUGAAGCAUACUCGAUUGCGUUUCAAUGUCUAAUUAAUUAAGGCGACUUUUGCUAUGAAUUAGGUCAAAUCUUUCUUAAAAUUGGUGUAUAUGUAGAAAAAGUGGAAAGGAAAGAAGGAAGUAAAAACAGUCGAUGAUGUUUUAAUCGACUCAGGGCUGUGGAUAUUUCGCAACAAAUGCGAAUUUUUUUGAUAUUGUGCCAAGAAAUCGUAAAACCGUAAAACGGAGUAUUUUGCUAUCGAAAUAUUGGUCGCUCGUAUCAACAUCCGAUUCGAAUUCUUAACUUGAGUAGAAUCUCGGGACGUGUUAUAAAAAGAAGAGA